AUGUCUACAGAUUUUGAAAGACGUCUUGAAGAGCAAGUGGAUGAUUGUUCGCUCGAGCAACUAAGAGAUAUCUUGGUUAAUAAAUCGGGCCAAACGCAACUAACAAACAGGUUUAGAGCGCUAUUCAAUUUGAAAUGUGCGGCAGAGGAGUUUGAAUCAAAGCCAGAAGAUGCUAGUAAAGCUGCCAAAUAUAUUGCCGAGGCAUUUAACGAUGAUAGUGAGCUUUUGAAACACGAAGUUGCUUACGUUUUAGGUCAAACCAAGAAUUUCGAAUGUGUACCAUACUUGAAGGACUGCGUUUUGAAUUUAAAUCAACAGUGCAUGGUGAGGCAUGAAGCAGCUGAAGCAUUGGGUGCAUUGGGUGAUCAAAGUUCAUUAGAUGUCUUGGAAAAGGUUCAAAAAGAGGAUCCAUCGUUAGAAGUCAGAGAAACUUGUGAACUGGCCAUUGAUCGUAUCAAAUGGCAGCAUAGUGAGGCAGGUGCUAAGGAAAGACUACAGCCAUCGCUAUAUUCCAGUAUUGAUCCAGCACCACCACUAGCAUUGGAACAGAACUACGAUAUUCCAGAACUACAAAAGUUGCUGAACGAUAAGAAGAAGCCAUUGUUUGAAAGAUAUAGAGCCAUGUUUAGAUUACGAGACUUUGGUACAGACGAAGCUGCAUUGGCUCUGGCGACAGGUUUCGACGACGAUUCCGCCCUUUUCAAACAUGAAAUUGCCUAUGUCUUUGGUCAAAUGGGAAAUACUUGCAUUGUACCAAAACUAAUCGAGGUUUUAGGUCGUAGAAACGAAGAACCAAUGGUCAGACAUGAAGCUGCCGAAGCAUUGGGAUCAAUUGCCUCUGAUGACGUCGUGCCAGUUCUUAAAGGCUACUUGAACGAUGAAGUUGCAGUUGUUAGAGAAUCUGCUCACGUUGCACUUGACAUGUACGAGUAUGAAAACAGCAAUGAGCUUGAAUAUGCUCCAGCUUAG